ACGAGUUGUAAAUUGUAUUUGGGAUUGCAAAAUUUGAUCUUUAUAGACUCUCCCACUUACUCUUUAACGAUACGAAUCCCUUUUGAUGAUCCUUUUAAACUCGGAAUUGAAGUUUCGUUCUCUUAAAAAGCUCCGAUCUUUCGAAUUCUCUUGGUGACUUGGAUUCUGGGUUUUGACUUCUCCGGCGAUCAAAUCUCACAAAAGCGCGUUGUAGCCUACUUAAGACUGUAACUUUUACGAAAUCUCGUUCCCAGUGAUGUAAAGAGGAUGAGAAAGGAUCUUGGCAGACGGGAUAUUGAGGAGAUUCCAUGUUCUGGUUCUUCUAGAAUGGAGCUAAAACGGAGUCAUCAGUGGCUAACAGAAGAGUCCGGCUCUGAACUGUUUAGUAGCAAGAGGCAGGUGUUAGAGAUUGAUGGUUCUUGUCAGGGUUUCUUAACUCCGCAUAUGAGUUUAUCUACAUGGGAGAGUUCUCUUGUGCCUAGACAGUUAACUGACUGCUUAUUUGAUCCUGCUAAUGUUCAGCAAACAUCAGAUCUUCAUGGCAGAAAUAUUGAGGAACAAUGCGGUUCUGUUUCAUCAAUUGGUUUUCCGGUGGUUCAUGGUAGCUCAUUUGAUCUUGAUGCCAGUAGAAAGGUUACAGUCAAUGAAGUGUGUGAAUCUGGAAACAUACCUGAAGCAAUGGUUCAGUUUUAUGGUGAGGGAAUUUCAAGAUCAUUUGAAAAUGGCCCUUCUUAUGAUAACGGUCAAGACGACACGCUCUCCUUUGGCCAAACCUGCAGUAAUAUUGACAACAGCUUCAUCUUGCCAGGGCCGUUAGCGGAUGGGAAUUUCAUUCCAAACUUCAGUUAUGACAAAGGAGAUGAAAAUUUCUUCUCGACAGUGAAUCCAUUUGUGGAAGGAGUAGAAAACUUCGCAUUGAUGACUCAGUCUCUUCAAAAGGCUGAUUCUAAUCUCUUCUCAAUGAGUCCCUCUUAUAUCAAGAGACAUGAGAACUUCAUGCCUCUUCUCCCUUGCGACAAACUGAAUGAUAAUGUGGCAUUUAUGGUUUCUAGCCAAGACAGAGCAGGCCAGAACAAUGAUCGAGUUAGUCACGAGGAUAGAACCAAGACCAUAUCUUUUGGAGGAUAUCAGAGAGAAACCGAUAUGGGUGUUAUUAACAGUUAUGAUAACUUCGGCCAUGCCCCUGCAACCACUAAAGUUCCGCUUCAUAUGGAGGCAGAGGAAAACAUGUCUUUUGAAUUUAGAAGUCCACCCUAUGCUUGUCCUGGAGUUGAUACGUUGCUCGUGCCUACAAGUAAAGAUUCAAAGACAACUAAGAAGGGUUCUACAAACACAUUUCCUUCGAAUGUUAAGUCUUUGUUGUCAACAGGAAUGCUUGAUGGGGUUACUGUGAAGUACUACUCGUGGUCACGUGAGACAAAUCUCAAAGGAGUUAUAAAGGGAACUGGGUACCUAUGUGGUUGUGGCGACUGUAACCUUAAGAAAGUUCUUAAUGCUUAUGAAUUCGAGCAGCAUGCUAAUUGCAAAACAAAGCACCCAAAUAACCACAUAUACUUUGAAAACGGAAAGACCAUUUAUGGCGUUGUUCAAGAGCUGAAGAAUACACCUCAGGAGAAGUUGUUCGAUGCUAUCCAAAAUGUAACAGGAUCUGUUAUCAACCACAAAAAUUUCAACACCUGGAAAGCCUCUUAUCAAGUUGCCAGCCUUGAGCUUCAGCGUAUCUAUGGGAAGGAUACUGUCACUUUGGCAUCUUGA